ACCUGCGGCUUGUAUUGGUGGCAGACAGAUGACGGCUGUCAACAGGCUCCGAUGAAUCUCAGGCUGCGCGAAGAGCACUUAACGGUGGAAGCUCGGUGAGGAAUAAGAAGAGGAAGUAAGUCUGACUUGACACGAAGUGCGUCUCUGGCUGAGUUGUUGUCCUACUGUAGCAGAACUUAAAUGAUGGUGAGGAGUAGAACCUUGGCCCACUGCGGGCUGGUGCUGCUCAGUUUGUGGUUGUGCAUCCACUCAGUGCCCAUCAGUGUGGAGAAGGCCAAAGACAAGCCAGAGGUGGAGCAGCUGGAGCCACCGCAGAGCACCGACACCGGUCUGCACUACGACCGCUACCUCAGGGAAGUCAUCGAGUACCUGGAGAAAGACCCCCACUUCAGAGAAAAGCUGAAAAACGCCAAUAUGGAUGACAUCAAGCAAGGCAAACUCUCCAAAGAGCUGGACUUUGUUCAGCACAAUUUCCGAAGCAAGCUGGACGAGCUGAAGAGGGAGGAGAUGAACCGGCUGCGGUUGCUAAUCAAAGCCAAACACGACCUCCAGGAGGGGAACGGGAACACACGGGACCACCAGGCCCUGCUGAAGCAGUUUGAGCACCUCAACCACAUGAACCCACACACUUUUGAGGUGGAGGACCUGGAUCGCCUUAUUCAAUCGGCAACAAAAGAUCUGGAGAACUAUGACAAGGAACGCCAUGAUGAGUUCAAGCGGUAUGAGAUGAUGAAGGAGCACGAGAGGAGGGAGCGCUUGAAAACGCUGAACGAGGAGGACCGGAAGAAGGAGGAGCAGCACUAUGAAGAGAUGAAGAAGAAGCACGCCAGCCAUCCCAAAGUUAACCACCCUGGCAGUGAAGACCAGCUGAAAGAGGUGUGGCAGGAGUCAGACGGUUUGGACCCAGAGAACUUUGAUCCCAAAACCUUCUUCAAAAUGCACGACAGCAAUGGAGACGGCUUCUUUGAUGAAAGUGAGCUGGAAGCUCUCUUUACAAAAGAGCUGGAGAAAGUGUACAACCCUGAGAACGAGGAGGACGACAUGGUUGAGAUGGAGGAAGAGCGGCUGAGGAUGAGGGAGCAUGUCAUGAAUGAGGUGGACACAAACAAAGACAGGCUGGUGUCAAUGAGUGAGUUCAUAGCAGCAACCAAGAAGACGGAAUUCCAUGAGAAAGAUGAGUGGGGGACUUUAGAUCAAAACCCUGCUUACACCGAGGAGGAGCUGAGAGAGUACGAGCAGCAAAUCGCCAACGAGGAGGACGACAUCAACGCCAAGACGGCCGAGCUGCAGAAACAGAGGGAGGAGCUAGAAAGAAAACAGGAAGAACUAAACGUUCAGAAGUCAGGGCUAAAACAGGCAAUGGAAGAAAUGGAAAAGAUCAAAGCGCAGAGUUUAAAAGCUGAAGUAAAACAGCCCGGAGGCGCAAUGGCCGAGGGGAAACCGGCACCAGUCGUACCAGGAAACGCCCAGCCUCUGCCUCCUGGUCACCAACAGCAGGAUGUGCCAGUGCCAGGACACUCCUAGGCCUCCCCUCCCCAUCACCCUGUCUGUUAAUGAGUGAGCGUCUUUGUGCAUUUUCUUUUUGUGAACCAAUUUUUCUGUUUAAAAAACUAACGUCCUGAUUUAAAAAAAGCCCAAAAGCAUUACGCGCCCCCUGAAGGAAGCCGAUUCAGGGAUCAGGUUUAGCGCCAGUGCCAACCGUCCCUUUGCUAGCCAAAUCAGCUGAACGAGCCAGAGUUUUCCUUCCGGACAAUCGCUUCUUUUGUUUUGAGUAUUUCAAACUUCCAUCCCAACAAGGACUCUGUGUCCAUUGUGGGAAAAUUCUCUGUAAAUGAAGGUUUGUUUUUUUUUUGCAGGCACUGCGGUUUGCUUUGGGUGACAUUAUCUACAGCAAACAUUACAAAUAUGUGUUUUUGUUGUUCAGAAAUAAUCUUGAAGGAAAAGAAAAAAGAAUGUCAGUAAAGAAUCAUUUUGGUUUAAGUUCACUGAUGCACUUCCUGUUUUACAUGCAGCAUUUCUGUUUCGUAGCCAUUGUGUCCUCUGGACUGGACAGUCGAAGAAAAGCUCAUCUCUGCACUGUACAUUGAAUUUGAACAUUUCACAACUGUGACAUUCCAGCGACAAAUCUGUGAUACCUGAUGUGACAUCACAUCAGAUACAAAGAACACACUGGUCCUUGUUUAGUAUGUCCGCCACUGCUCCACAGUUUGUGUUGUGUUCAUGACCAUUUAUUUAUUCUCUAUAUCCACUGGAAAUGUCCUCCCUUCAAGAAGUUUGAUGACAUAAAUGAAGAGAGUAUGAGUUAAUUCUCAGGGGACUUCAGAUUGUUUUAUUUAAUCAUGAUUUUAUACCACUUAAACAUUGCAGCAAAACAGAAAACUGGUAAAACUCUUUUUUUUUGUUAGUGUCCUGUGGAAUGAUGUCAUUGUGUACAUGGUUUGACUGUUACUAAUUAAAUGAAUGACCUAGCAAGUGUAA